AUGCUCCUGCUCCUUCUGCUGAGCUUUGCACUGUCCGUCAGGGCUGAAGCAGGGGAGAUCAUUGGCGGACAUGAAGCCAAGCCCCACUCUCGACCCUACAUGGCAUUUCUACGAUACAUCAAGAAAGAUACUAAUAAAACAAUGCGUUGUGGAGGUUUCCUGAUCCAAAAUAAUGUGGUGUUGACGGCUGCUCACUGCAAUGGAAGAAACUUUAAGGUGAAACUGGGUGCCCACAACAUUAUAAAAAAAGAGAAGAAGUCAAAGGAGUGUACUGUGUGUGCAACCUUCCCCCAUGAAGACUACAAUAAUGAUACUGACUUCAAUGAUAUCAUGUUGCUGAAGCUAUGUAAAAAGGUCAAAUUAACUAAAGAAAUAAAUACCUUGAGCCUGCCAGACCCACAAACCAAGUUAAAACCAGGACAACAGUGCAGUGUGGCUGGUUGGGGAAGAAUUGAUAUCAAUAAUACCUUAUCUGAUAAACUGAUGGAGGUGGAGUUGAAAAUACAAGAGGAUAGGGAAUGUGAGUUGAAUUUUGGAGAUUAUGACCCUACCAUGCAACUGUGUGCAGGAAACUAUGAAGAAGAAGAUGCCAUGAAGGGUUCCAAAGUUGCCCAGACCGCACCAUCAGGAAGGCCCUACUUGAGGCUUCCACAGACCUUUGAGCUCUUGGUAAACAGCUCUUGUUGGUCUCAACUGGCCUCACAUUCCCUGCUCUACUCCUGUGUUUCUACAAAUCUCUGCCUCCACAUGGGCCAUGCCUGCCAGCAGAGACUUGUGCCAAUUUUAAAUUGA